GUAACUCAGUCGCCGUCGCUGCUCCUGCUGCUGCCGCCGCCGGCUCCGGAAAAUGUCUGAGCGAGGCGGCUUCUAUAAGCAGGAUUUGAAUAAAACGGUGUGGGAGGUUCCCCAGCGCUAUCAGCACUUGACCCCGGUGGGCUCGGGGGCUUACGGCUCCGUGUGUUCAGCAUAUGAUACCAAGACAAGGCAGAAGGUGGCAGUCAAAAAGCUUUCAAGACCUUUCCAGUCCCUUAUUCAUGCUAGAAGGACGUAUCGGGAGCUUAGAUUACUCAAGCACAUGAAACAUGAAAAUGUUAUAGGAUUACUAGAUGUUUUUACACCUGCAGCAUCAAUAGAAAACUUUAAUGAAGUGUAUCUUGUCACAAAUUUAAUGGGUGCUGACCUGAAUAAUAUAGUGAAGUGUCAGAAAUUGACAGAUGACCAUAUACAGUUUCUUAUAUAUCAGUUACUUCGAGGACUAAAGUAUAUCCAUUCUGCUGGAAUCAUUCACCGGGACCUGAAGCCCAGUAACUUAGCUGUAAAUGAAGACUGUGAAUUAAGGAUUUUAGACUUUGGCUUAGCCCGGCAAACUGACGAUGAAAUGACAGGCUAUGUGGCAACCCGCUGGUACAGAGCCCCAGAAAUCAUGCUAAAUUGGAUGCAUUAUAAUCAGACAGUUGACAUUUGGUCAGUUGGAUGCAUCAUGGCAGAGCUGCUGAAAGGGAAGGCUCUUUUCCCAGGAAAUGAUUACAUUGACCAGCUGAAACGAAUAAUGGAAGUAGUUGGUACGCCCAGUUCUGAACUUCUCAAGAAAAUAUCAUCAGAGCAUGCCAGAAAAUAUAUAGAAUCUCUACCAUAUAUGCCUCAACAGGAUCUGAAAGUAGUAUUUCGUGGAGCAAACCCAUUAGCUGUGGAUCUUCUUGAGAAGAUGCUCAUCCUGGACAGUGACAAAAGAAUAACAGCCUCAGAAGCACUUGCGCAUCCUUAUUUUGCUCAGUAUCAUGAUCCUGAGGAUGAACCAGAGGCAGAGCUGUAUGAUGAAUCGAUAGAAAAUAAAGAAAGGGUUAUAGAUGAGUGGAAAGAACUAACAUAUGAAGAAGUGAUCAGCUUUAAACCACCCGACUUGAAGAUGGAUAGCCUUGAAAUUGAACAAUAAAUCCAGACUCCUCUUUUUGCUAUGCUUUACUAUGAAGACUAUAAAACAUCUAGCAUUGCAAUUCAAUUUCAUAUAUGACAAGCAUAGAUUUUACUGUCCAAAGAUCUUGGAAAAGCUACAGAAAUGCAAGCAGACCAUUCUGAAGAAACAUAUAUUGGGGAGGGGAUUGCCUUGUACUACGAAUGUAAUAAUUGCAGAACAUUAAGAACUGCUUCAUUCUGAAAAAUGAUGCACUGAGGUUUGUCUUUUUAAACUUUGUCUUCUCUGCAUGUCCCCAGUGUGAUGCCAAAAAUGGUGUGUUUUUUUUUUUAAAAAAGAUUAUUUUCUCAAAUUGUACAGUUCACGCAUGAAUGUAUGUGGAGACAAAAAUAGAAAUCCAUAGAAGCAAUUUCUUGUUUUUAAGCAUUAUGAUGUUUGUUUUUUUAAUUUAUAGUUAGUGCCUUUAGGAAAAGGAGCCAGUGUGGUAAAUUAGGAAUAAAAUAUACCUGUAGUUAUACCUGUAGCAGUUUUAAGGACAUGAGUGAGCAACGGUUACAAAUCAGUCAAAUUUAUUGUUUCCUGAUAGCAUUGAAGUUUGUCGUUGUUUCUCCUGUAGUCCUUGAAAAGUGCAGGGCACAUGUUUUAUUGGGGAAUUUUGCACUACAUUGGUCCACAACAUAAAAUCUGGAGGAAUGGAGUUUAUCUUACAUGCUUGAGCUCUUUUGAAGAUCAAACUCUCUGCUAACACACUUUUUUCUGUAAUUUUGCAGUGCCUCUCUUUCCAUCUCCUUGUCAAUAAACUCUUUCCUUUUCUAAAUUCCUGUAGCUUUUGUCUGGCAGCUGCAUUUUAAUCUAGAACAGCGAAUAUGGAAUGCUGUGAAUGGGCUGAAAGAGAAGAAGGUUUGGAGAAAUCUUUUUUCAUCAAAAUAUGUUGAACAUACCAAGUGGGCAGUCUAGCACAUGGUACUAGUGAGCAUGGUUACAUACAGGUUGGAGCACUAUGGCCAUUAAGAACAUAAUGGUUCAAAAGAAGAUGCCUUCUGCUAAUAACCUUGUGAAGUGGGAACCAAAGGACUUUUAAUUUGCUCUUUCUGUUCAGCCUCCUUCUAAUAUGACUUGUUGGGACUACUUGAGGGAAUGCCUGGAGGUUAAGAUCUGCAGAAUAGCCUUCCUCAGUUCUCUUUCUUUACCCUUGAAAAUAAAACUGGAAAUAUCUGAUGGUUAGGGAUAUCUUCCUAGAGAUCCCUUUUGGACAGAUUGUAGCAAAAAUUGUUGAAAUCCAGAUUUUUUGAUGAGAAGAAUGAGCACCAAUUAUCUUAAAGAUAUUUAUCAGGAAAGGGAACAGCAAUGAACAAUUAAUUCCUACCGCCCCAUCCCAUUAUUUCAUUUUCUAAACUUAAAGUAGCAAGCACAAUCUAGGCAACUGUUGAUUUGAUUUAAACACAACAAUGAUAGAAACCUACUUUGUUGAAUAAAAUUAUAGGCAAUUUAAUAAGUUUUGUCGAAGGCUUU